GCAGUGCCUCGCCUGGAGCGCGAGGAGCAGCUAUCGCCGCCUCAGUCGCCUCAGUCGCCUCAGGCUCGGUCGCCUCAGGCUCCGUCGCCGCCGGAUCGCCCGUCACCACCCCCCAGCCCCGCCCCGGCCGCCCGCCCGCCGGCCGCCUGCGGGCACGCCCUCUGCCGCGGGACCGGGCUGUCCACAGACAGAGAGCGAGGAGCGAGAGAGAGAGAGAGCGCGCGCUUCACAUGAUUCCAUGUAGGUGGGCUCCACGACAAAAGGCGCGCCUGUAAACCGGCAGCGGCGGCUGUGCUGCCCUGAGUCUCCGAGAGGGUGAACACAUGCGGCCCGCGGCUCUGCUCUGACGUCGAGCCUGCGUAUGGGGGAAGGCGACACCAUCUGGGCCCCGUCUGUCCUUCCUCACGGCACCUUCAGCACGUUGAGCCACCAGCCCCAACUGCAUUUCGGAAGGAAGAUGGAGUCCAAGGUCUCAGAAGGUGGCCUGAACGUGACGCUGACCAUCCGCCUGCUGAUGCACGGAAAGGAAGUCGGGAGCAUCAUCGGGAAGAAAGGAGAGACCGUGAAGAAGAUGCGUGAGGAGAGCGGGGCAAGGAUCAACAUCUCGGAAGGCAACUGCCCAGAAAGAAUCGUGACCAUCACGGGCCCGACGGAUGCCAUCUUCAAGGCUUUUGCCAUGAUUGCCUACAAGUUUGAGGAGGACAUCAUUAACUCCAUGAGCAACAGUCCGGCCACCAGCAAGCCCCCAGUGACGCUGAGGUUGGUGGUCCCCGCCAGCCAGUGCGGGUCCCUGAUUGGCAAAGGCGGCUCCAAGAUCAAGGAGAUCAGGGAGUCCACAGGUGCCCAGGUCCAGGUGGCCGGGGACAUGCUGCCCAACUCCACGGAGCGGGCGGUGACCAUCUCAGGGACCCCCGAUGCCAUCAUCCAGUGCGUCAAGCAGAUCUGUGUGGUCAUGCUGGAGUCCCCACCGAAAGGUGCCACCAUUCCCUACCGCCCAAAGCCCGCCUCCACCCCUGUCAUUUUUGCAGGUGGUCAGGUAAGAGCCGACCCGCUCGCGGCCUCCACUGCCAACCUCAGCCUUUUACUGCAGCCCCCGCCGCUGCCCGCCUACACGAUCCAGGGACAGUACGCCAUCCCCCACCCAGAUCAGUUGACCAAGCUCCACCAGCUGGCCAUGCAGCAAACCCCCUUUCCUCCCCUCGGACAGACCAACCCCGCUUUCCCCGGAGACAAGCUGCCUUUACACUCCUCCGAAGAAGCUCCAAAUCUGAUGGGCCAGCCGGCAGGUCUGGACACCAGCCCCCCGGCCAGCACUCAUGAGCUCACCAUCCCCAAUGAUCUAAUAGGCUGCAUCAUCGGACGCCAGGGGACCAAAAUCAAUGAAAUCCGGCAGAUGUCUGGAGCACAGAUCAAAAUCGCCAACGCCACCGAGGGCUCGUCGGAGCGCCAGAUCACCAUCACGGGGACCCCCGCCAACAUCAGCCUCGCCCAGUACCUCAUCAACGCCAGGCUGACGUCCGAGGUCACCGGGAUGGGUGCGCUCUAAGGCCGCCGGCGCCCUCCACCCGCCCGCACCCUGUACAGACCGUCCGCUCUCGUGCAAAUAUGAAGAGUUUUCUUUACUCGCAGACGUGACCUGAGUCCUAGAUGCCCCCGCCCAGCAGACCCGGCCGCAUCUCUGAGCCGCGGGCUCUGCCCGACGCUGCUCUCCGCGUUCACCGCCGCUCCCCGUCCUCACGCGUUGGCAUGCCGUGCCCCUGUCUGAAAUGCCCCGGGGACACCCCAUCCGUGACAUUUUAGAAGCAUUGUUCUUAGUGUCCGUGUAACUCUUUUGCCACUUGGUUGGACGUGUGGACGGCUCCUCUGGCAGCCGCCCUCUCCGAGGCCACCGCGAGCCGUGGCUGCUUCGGGCUGCCCCCUCCCCCCAUGUGGCCGCGGGGGCCAGCGCCGGGCAGGGUGCGCCUCCCCCUGUGUCCGAGGGAAGGAGCGUGGAGGGCUCGGGGAUCCUGCAGGGUGAAGUGGGGGUGAUGGCCCCUGGCUUCACGGAGACGUGUCACACGCAGCCCCAGGCACUUUUGGGGCCGCCUCUGCCCCGCGUCCGAGCUCAAUAAAAUCGCGCGCUGCCCUCC